ACGAGUGCAGUGGAAUCAAUACGAGGAAAUUGAGCACGUUGACUCGAAUAAAGAGCGUUACCCUAAUGCAGGGUCCAGGCAGCCCUCGGAGACAGAGAGAGUGAAGCCAGCAGCCUGUCAGAGCAGGGGGGGGCACGGAGACCGCAAGUCUUCCCUCUUAAAGAUGGACGAGUCACAGAACCUGCCCGAACUGCCGACCAAGAAACCUCGGCAGGAGCUGGAAGCUGGCCAGGAGAAGGGGUCAAGGAGGGUGGGGGUAACUGAUGGCAACAACCAAUCAGAAGGGGGCAAUCAGACUGUCCUGGGGUCAGACAUAAACUCUUACCCACCGCCUGCUGGCACCCAGCUGGAAGGAGGGAGGUCAGAGUCAGUGUCUGAAGGUCAGCUCUGCACCGAGCCCAACGACUCCUUUACGCACACCGCUGUUACCUGUAAAGGCCUUACCACCACGUCCAGUGAAUAUCCGUCUCAGCUCUACCAAGGAACAAACGUGCGGGUCAGCGUCUCAAAACCAACACGCCCGGGGUCCCUUGGACACGUCCUGUCUCCGCCCACGGUUCCGGCCGUUACCUCGUACCCCAGCCAGGCAUCCUUCUCCCCCCUGGCUCAGUCCACAGUCUACAGCGCCUUUCCCCCUGCCAGCCAGGGCUACGGCCUGCCACCCUUCGGAGCCAUGUGGCCAGGCAUUAAGACAGAGACAGGACUGCCCGAAACGCCCUCUAUAGGCCAGCCUGGGUAUCUCAACUUCAGCACCACGUAUACCUCAACCCAGGCUGGCCAGGCACACUACUCCUAUCCGAGCCAAGGCUCCAGCUUUAGCACGUCCAGUGUGUACACCUGCAUCCCCUCCGGUACUGCGGCAACAACGGCCUCCACAACAUCUGCACAGCAGGAGUACAACUACAGCUCCCUGGGACAGAACCAGUUCCCCCAGUUUUACGUGCCCCCCAGCUACACAACAGCGAGCCUACCCGUCACCAGCUUGGAGGGGGACGGUGUGAGCGUCCCGGGGUACCUGGCCCCCAAAACGGAGGGCAGCACCACAGCUGGACUGCCCAGGGCAGCAGAUGCCUCUGCGGGCCUGGCCCUCACCCCAGCGUCACGUGACCAGGAGGAGACAGGGAGGCGGAACAGUGGGGGGAAGGCCAAGUCCAAGGCGAAGAAGUCUGACAGCUCCCAGUCCACUGACAAUGACCUGGAGCGGAUCUUUCUGUGGGAUCUGGACGAAACCAUCAUCGUCUUCCACUCCCUGCUUACCGGGACCUUCGCGCAGAAGUUUGGCAAGGACCCAGCGACUGUUCUGAACCUGGGUCUGCAGAUGGAGGAGCUGAUCUUUGAGCUUGCCGACACACACCUGUUCUUCAAUGACCUGGAGGAGUGUGAUCAAGUCCAUGUGGAAGACGUAGCCUCUGACGACAAUGGACAGGAUCUGAGCAACUACAACUUUGUGGCAGAUGGUUUCACCAGCCAAAGUAGUGGCGGCAGUGGCCCGGGUUCGACCAGCGGGGUUCAGGGGGGCGUGGAGUGGAUGCGGAAACUGGCCUUCCGAUACCGACGCCUCAAGGAGAUCUACAACGGCUACAAGGGGAACGUUGGGGGCCUGCUGAGCCCCAUGAAGAGGGAGCUGCUGCUCCGGCUGCAGGCGGACAUCGAGACCGUGACGGACUCCUGGCUGAGCACUGCCCUCAAGUCCCUGCUGCUCAUCCAGUCCAGGGGCAGAUGUGUGAAUGUGUUGGUCACGACGACCCAGCUGGUCCCCGCCCUGGCCAAGGUGCUGCUCUACGGCCUGGGAAACGUCUUCCCCAUCGAGAACAUCUACAGUGCCACCAAAAUAGGGAAGGAGAGCUGCUUUGAGCGAAUCGUCUCUCGCUUUGGGAAGAAGGUGACAUAUGUAGUGAUUGGGGAUGGUCGUGACGAAGAAUUCGCAGCAAAGCAGCUCAACAUGCCAUUCUGGCGCAUAUCCACACACGGAGACCUGGUGUCCCUGCACCAAGCCCUGGAGCUGGACUUCCUGUAGAGGGUCACGGGGGGGAGGGAGAGUUAGGAAGCUGGCCCCUCCCCGCUCUGCUUCAGCCACACCCCUCUGCCCCUCCCCUCGCAGUGUGACCUCCCUGCUGGCCCCGCCCCUCUGUGAUGCGGGAGCCGGUAUGUUAGUGACUCGGAGUGACCGAACAGUACAGGACCCAGCAGGGUCGAGCAACUCCCUCCUUCCCUCUCACCUGACGGCAGCUAUCCACUGUGGGGUCGGCCCCGACACACCCGCGGAGGGCUAUGAGGGGACUGGAGGAGGAGAUGGCAGUAUCUUUCUCUCUCUCUCUCUCUCGCUCCCUCCCUCGCUCCAGUGUUCUCCCAGCAAUGUUGGUUUUCUUCUGUGUCUUGGCAAAACUAACCACAGGACAGACCAAAGGUUCGCACUGUACUCACAACUUUAUCAUGGUAUUUUCGGUCUUGUUUCUUUACUGUGAUUUUUUUUUUUUUUUUUUUUUAGCAGAGUUCAUUUGGGUUAUUCAUGAAACAUUAAUGUCAUCUUAAAUUCUACAGCUGGAUAUACUCGUGUGUUUAUGUAUGUGUGUAUAUAUGUGUGUUUAUGUAU